AUGCCUCCACGCGCAUCACCCGCCGUGACGAGCAGUAUCUUUAACCUAACCAGCCUCCUCCAAAGCUUGCCAUCUGUGUCACGCAAUCAAGCCUUGACAAAAUGUUCGACGUGCCUCUUCUCAACCACAGCUCCCCUGGAAGCAAAGCGUGCCAAAAAGCGCAAGGUCCGUAAACACACCGACCCGUACCGAUUAGCCCAGGCGCGACAGCGUAAAUCCGCAAACGAAGCACGACAAAAAGUGUUGCAAACCGAGCGGAAGUUGGCAAUGGGCGACCCUAUCCGAUCACGGCCAACGCCAUUUGUCAACUCUCUGCGCUCCAAUACCUCCGUAGAAACCAUCAAAGAGUCAUAUUUGAAUUACUUCCUCAAGAAAGAAGAUAUGGACAAGUCGUUGGAAUACUCGAAAUGGCUCACGGAACCCCUGCCGGAACCCAACCCCAUUGAAGGGGUACCAUACAACCUAGCCGACAAGAUCCAAAAACAUGCGGCCUCACACGAGAACGCAUCGAAAGCUUUAUUGGCCAUUGCAGCCUUGGAAAAUGGCAGCAGCAAAGAUCGCACGCGAGUGAAUAUUCAAAGGUGCAUUGAGGAGUUUGGCCGACACAAUACUGACGGCGUCCUGGCCCCCCGGCUUCAGGGCAAGUCAGCAUCUGGACAGACAUCGGUCGAAAGCGGAGACGAAAACGCGAUAAAGGUUCCCAAGCACGUCGGACAAGACACUGGUUCCUCAGAGGUCCAGAUCGCCAUUCUGACGGCUAAAAUCAACGUGCUUGCCGACAAUUUGCACAAGAAGGAUAAAGCCAACAAACGAAGCUUGCGACUUAUGGUGCACAGGAGGCAGAAAUUAAUGGCUUACCUGCGGAAGCAAGACAGAGGUGGCGCAAGAUGGCAAAAUUUGGUGGAGAAACUUGGACUCAGCGAUGCAAUGUGGAAAGGGGAGAUCAGCCUGUAA